AUGAGCAGCGAAGUCGAGCCUUCCUCGGCUGAGACGAGUGGUCGACGACCAGGAAAUCGGAUUCUUCAGUCCCGAUUCAUUUCCUUCGAGCAAAUGUGCGGGAAUGAAACGUUCAGUUUUGAGGCCUCGGUGUUGUGUUUUCAUGCCUUAUGGGGCCCCAAACUGCGGCUGUAUGGUGAAGGCAGCGUAGGGUGCGUGCAAGUACGUAGGGCCCAGCUGAAAGGAAAAGGUGCGCAGGAGGUGGGCCACAAAUGCCUUCCCCUCCACGAGUGCAAAGUUCUUGCCGAUGCAAGUCCGUGGGCCCCAGCUGAAGGCCAUGAAAGCCGCCUGCCCGUUGGCUGCCUUGAGGCUCCCCUCUGCAAACCAGUCUGGACGGAAUUCGAAGGCAUCCUCACCCCAUACCUGCGGGUCCCGGUGGAGCAUUGCUAUGGGCAGCUGCAAAAGCACGCCCUUUGGGAUUCUGAGGCUUCCCAGUUGAGUUUCCUCCUCCUUCCAUCACAGGGUGUUGUUCUGGCCGAGUACCCGGAGAACCUCCUCCCGCGCGCGGUCCUGCCAGUUUUGGUGAAUGGCAAGUGUGAUCAUGGUCCAGACUAG